GCAGCCGAGAAAACGAUCCGGUUCCUGGGAAACGGUGCCGUCGACGCGCCUUACUGCAUUGUAUCCUGGUAACCUCGGAUCGGCUGCUCGACAAGGCAAAUAGCAUGGCGCCAGUGGGAAAAGCAUUUACCCAGCGCGGAAGCUCAACGCUGGAUGCUCCUCGUCGAGCAGGAAGGCUGGUUCGCACACCAGACGGACCGCUGAGCCCCGAGUGGUGAUCUUUGGCCACAGAAUCCGUCGAAAAUACAUACACAAUGCGCUUCCGCCUGGUGCAUGCCGCGUUCGCCUCGUCUCUGGCGGCGGUGGCGCAAUGCAGCGGCAGCAACAGCUGCAGCAACGGCAACGGCAACGACAACAGCUUCCAGCAGCGGUGUUCCAAGCUCGCCAGCCAGCUUAAGAUCGAGAACGCCACCGUGUGGUUUAGCGAGUAUGUGGCCGCCAACACCAACAUCUCGUUUUCCGACACGGACCCGUCGUGCGGUCAGGGGCCUCUGAGCGUCGGCGUCGACUUCUGCCGCGUCGCGCUCCGCGUUGCCACGUCGAGCCGGUCGAGCAUCAGCAUGGAGGCCUGGCUGCCGCGCAACUGGACCGGUCGCUUCCUGAGCACGGGCAACGGCGGCCUCAACGGUUGUCUCUCGUACGACGACAUGGCCUACACGACCGAGCUCGGCUUCUCCACCGUCGGGGCCAACAACGGCCACAACGGCACCUCGGGCGCGCCCUUCCUCAACAACCCCGAAGUCGUCACCGACUUUGCUUGGCGGUCCGUCCACACCAACGUCGUGGUGGGCAAGAGCAUCUCGAAGACGUUCUACCGGCAGCAGCACAAGAAGUCGUACUACCUCGGCUGCUCGACCGGCGGCAGGCAGGGCUUCAUGUCCGCCCAGUCGUUCCCCGACGACUUUGACGGCAUCGUCGCGGGCGCGCCUGCUUUGGAUUUCAACAACUUGAACUCGUGGUCCGGCCAUUUCUACCUCCUCACCGGUGCGGCAGGGUCCCCAACUUACCUGACUCCCGACCAGUGGACCGCUGUGCACCAAGACAUUCUCGCGCAGUGCGACGGCAUCGACGGCGCAGUCGACGGCAUCAUCGAGGAUCCCGAGCUCUGCCAGUACCGCCCCGAGUCUCUAAUCUGCCCGCCCGGCACGCCGGCCAACACCAGCACGUGCAUCACCGGCACGCAGGCCGCCACCGUCCGCGCCGUGUUCUCGGACCUCUACGGCCAGAACGGCACUCUGGUGUACCCCCGGAUGCAGCCGGGCUCCGAGCUGCUGGGAGAGGCCUACAUCUACUACGCUGGCCAACCCUUCCAGUACUCGGUCGACUGGUUCCGCUACGUGGUCUACAACAACCCCAACUGGAACCCGGCCACGCUCGGCCCGGCCGACUACGCCUACUCGGACGCGCUCAACCCGGCCGACAUCCGCACGUGGUCGGGCGACCUCAGCGCGGCCCGGGCGCGCGGCGUCAAGAUCCUGCACUACCACGGCCAGCAGGACCAGAUCAUCACCAGCGCGAACUCGCCGCGGUACUACAACCACGUGGCGCAGACCAUGAGCCUACCGAGCAGCGCGCUCGACGACUUCUACCGCUUCUUCCGCAUCUCGGGCAUGGGCCACUGCUCCGGCGGGCCGGGGGCCGUCUUCAUCGGCAACCAGCGCGCCAACACGGCCAGCCUCGACCCGGACCAGAACGUGCUGACCGCCAUGGUGCGCUGGGUCGAGGAAGGCAAGGCGCCCGACGCCAUCCUCGGCACCGCCUUCGUCAACGGCACCGCCGGCGGCCAGAUCGCCUUCCAGAGGUGGCACUGCAAGUACCCGCUGCGGAACACGUACACCGGCAAGGGCGAUCCGAAGGACCCCGACAGCUGGAAGUGCGUUGUGUGAAAUGGAGUGGAUGGGCAGUGGAGAUCUGGGGCUGGAGCUUUCAACUUGAUCGUCACAAGCAGGCAUAGCAACAUAAAACCACUAUUUGGGUGCGAAUGCGGUGCAUGCCUGACAGAAAGUAACUGGCUGUGCUUGUAUGGGAGGUUCCGGAAUGCUUUUCCUGGAUCCGAGUUUUGCUCCCACAAUGCCGUUGCCAAGGUCUCGGCAUAAUAUGUUGGACUACACACCUUACUAGGAACGUCCUGCGGAGUGCAAGGCAUGAAUCGGCCCGGGCCACAAGAGAAACCAGUCUACAUGACCCACGGGACCUUCAAGUUGAUUUAUCUUGGGCUUGGCG